ACAGCUCAUACAGAUGCUAAUGUUUACACAGAUGCGUUGCUUAUAACUUCCAGAAACUCCCAACAAAUUGCAACAGCAAUGUCCUCUCCUGCAACCAGUAUCUUGGGAGUUCUUGGCGGAUGCAUGGGAUGCAUGGUCUUCGUCGAAAAAAUUGCCAAGGCGGAGCCUACAUCUAUGAAUCUUAUGACAUUUUCCACCUUUCUAUUUAUUGCUACUCAAGGAUUGUUUUUCACGUCAAAGUUCUUCUCCGUCCCCAAUAAGAUACCUCUCAGAGGAUACAUACCGACUGUGAUCACAUUCUUUACUGUAAAUGUAAUAAACAAUCAAGCCUUAAACUUUCAUGUUCCUGUGCCUUUACAUAUCAUAUUUCGUUCGGGUUCAUUGCUUGCUAAUCUCAUGCUAUCUGUGAUUCUUCUUAAAAAGAAAUACUCGCUUAGAAAGUAUCUCUCAGUUUUUGCUAUCACCAUAGGAAUCGUUAUAUGUACACUCGCAACAAGUGAUCUCGAAAAGCAUUCUGGACUGAGCUAUGAAGAAGCAGCAAAACAUUAUCAAGAAUGGAUGAUUGGCAUCGGGAUGCUUAUUUUUGCUCUUUUGGCGUCUGCAUACUUAGCCAUCUGCCAACAACGCAUGUACGAAACCUACGGAAAGUAUCCAGAGGAAGCAAUGUUUGUCAUUCAUGCGGUAUCAUUGCCGUUGUUUUCGCUGAUGGGAUCUGACAUCAUGGCUGCAGCAAGGAAGUUCAGUCGGAGUGCUCCGUUUGAGCUCCUCGGCCUUACCCUUCCAAUCCCUUCACUUUGGAUGAAUCUUCUGCUCAGCUGCAUUCUACAAUACUACUGUAUUCGUUUUGUAUACCGGCUGAAUUCCGAGGUGGAAGCACUCACUGUUACCCUUGUGGUUACGUUGAGGAAGUUUCUUUCUCUGGUUGUUUCCAUUUGGUGGUUCCAGAAUCCUUUCACAGGCCAACACUGGAUAGGGGCCUUUCUUGUCUUUGCUGGCACCUUGGCAUUUGCUGAUAUCUGGAGCAAAAAGGAACUCGAGAAGAAAAAGGUCUAGAACAGCGUUCAUCCUCGUCUCCACGCGUUGGCUGCCGAUGGCCUCCAGUUCGUAUCCUUGCUACAAGAAGUCAGACCGUUGCUCUGAGGAAAGUAGUGGAAUUUCUAACAUACUUUUUGAUGUCUGGUAUGUGUCUUGUCAAUGACUUUUCAAAUAUAUCUGGUAUAUGUUACCAAUGUAUUUUUUCAAACUCGAUUCUUCUUAUGUUCUUUUUACUCUGUCUCUCUCUCUCUCUCUUAUUCUCCAUACCACAAUAAUCCACCCUAUUUAUCUUCAUAGGCGGUCAGUUUCGUUGUCCUUUUUUGCAUGAUUGAGGCUAUUCAGUGCAGUAGAAGGUGACAAAGGAGAGUCCGUGGCUGAAGAAGACUAGG